ACAGUUCCUGCUCUUAGCUCCAAAGUUGAAACGCGUUUCUGCAAGUUUGUUUCCAUCAAGGACAAGGGCAACAUUCUGUCCGUCGUGCAAAACUGGCCAAAGAUGGCUGACGCAAGGAUCAGCGUGGUUACUGAUGGUUCUCGUAUUCUCGGCUUGGGUGACCUCGGGAUCAAUGGGAUGCCGAUUUCCAUUGGUAAAUUGUCCCUUUACAUUGCCGGAGCUGGAAUCCGUCCACAGUCGACCGUCCCCAUUUGCCUGGACUUGGGGACGAAUACCCAAAAGUACCUUGACGACCCGCUCUACCUCGGACUCCGCCAGCAGCGUGUGCCGACGGAAGAGAUGACCGCAUUUAUGGAUGAGUUCAUGCAGGCCAUGUCCGUGACAUUCCCGAAGCUGCUCGUUCAGUUCGAGGCAAGCUCAGCCUUCUGUCAAGUGGACUCGAUGCUUAGCCUUUUCAGGACUUCUCGACCGACCACGCAUUCCUAUACCUUGAAAGAUACCGAAACCGAUACCCCGUCUUCAAUGACGACAUUCAAGGCACCGGUGCCGUUGUUCUCUCCGGCUUCAUCAACGCUGCUAGGCUCGCAUCAGCCGGUGAGACCCCGCCGAGUGGUUCCGGAGUGCAUCCGCCGGUGCUGACUGACGGCCCACAGCAUCGGGCCAGCCUCUCACAUCGCACCGCAUCCUGUUCUUUGGCGCGGGUUCUGCUGGAGUGGGAGUUGCCAUGCAGCUGAUGAGCUUCUUCACCCUUGAAGGCCUGUCGGAGCAGGAGGCGCGAGAGCGAAUCUAUCUCGUCGACUCGCAGGGGCUGAUCUAUACCGGUCGUGGCGCGUUGGCCGAGCACAAAGAAUACUUCGCUCGCCGCGAUUACACCGGUCCCCCCAUCAAGAACUUGCUCGACGUCCUCCAAUACGUCAAGCCUACUGCUCUCAUGGGACUCUCGACCUCUUCGGGCGCGUUCUCGACUGAAGUGAUCCAGACCAUGGCCGCCCUGAACCCCUUGCCCAUCAUCUUCCCCCUCAGUAACCCCGUGAAGCUGUCCGAGUGCACCUUUGAGGACGCUGUCACCCACACAAAUGGCAAGGUCUUGUUCGCCUCUGGCUCGCCGUUCCACGAGCUCCAGUUCCAGGGUCGCACCCUGUACCCGGGUCAAGGAAACAACAUGUACAUCUUCCCCGGUCUCGGACUCGGAUCGAUUCUCGCCCGCUGCUCGUCCGUGACAGAUUCCAUGGUCGAAGCUUCCUCGCUUGGCCUCGCCAACUCGCUGACCCCGCAGGAAGAAGCGAUGGGUCUGCUGUAUCCCCAGAUUGAGCGGAUCCGGGAAAUCAGCGGGGGAAUUGCGGUGCAGGUCAUUCGCGCUGCACAGGAAGCUGGUGUGGACCGAUAUCCCGAGCUUCGCAAGAUGAGCGAUGCAGAGCUGCUCAAAUUUGUUUCUGGCAAGAUGUGGACCCCGCAGAUUUGAGACGUGUGCUAUGAUUUAUGUUUGGAUGCUUUCCUGCUAUGAUAGAUUUGUAGAUGCUUAGAAUCGAAAGAUGGAUACAAUCGG